AUGUAUUCAGGUGAAAAAUAUUUAUUUCACCCUUCUUAUGUGUCACCGGACACAUUUGAUGCACAUCAAGUUGAUAUGUUCAUGGACAGCCAAUUCAAACCUGAUCCUCGGUCAGAACUUGCCUCUUUAUUAAAUGUAAAGGCCGGAAACAACAUUACGACAAAAUACCUUGGUCAACAACCCAAACAUUUCACAGAGGGCUAUCAGGGAACGCAAUUUCUCAUUACUAAGCAGAUGAUGGACAUUUGGGAAAAACUUGAUACUAAGGUGUAUGCCAAUGGUUGGUUUAUGCUUUAUGUAGCCGAUGCCUCUGAUCUAAACACUAGCGAUGCGCAAAAAAUUUCUCGCAAAACUUUAUUUGUCGUUGAUGAGCAUGGGGUGUUGUUUGAUAGUGAAAUUUCGGUACAUGAUCGUCUUAAUUCAUUGUUUCCUCUGAAGUAUCUCACCUUUAGGAGUGAAUCAAUGAAUGGGACACGUGUGGUUUUUACGGGUACCGCUCACGCACGAUUCGAAAAGGUUUACCUUAAAAAUGGAAUGCAGGAUUAG